UUGUUUGAAUGGAAUAUCACAGAGUAUGACAAUUUGAGAGGUUGCCACAAAUAAACAACUAGGGAACUGUGAUAUUCAUAGUGAUUGACUACUUAUUUAACAAUUACGGUACAACUGAAUCAGUUAUAGUUGAGCUACUCGAAGUGAAUUACACUGAACGGCGUUGAAAUCCUGAUCCAGAAAAUAAUAAUCAACUGCUUGAAUUACUUCAGUAUUCAAUUUGUGGAAUAACUAAGCGAAAUGAUUAUUGUGUAGUGCAUUGUAAAAUGAAAUCUUGAAGGAAUUAUUCGGUAAAUAUAUUAUCUGAUUUCCUAGUUUAAAUUAUAUAAUCAUUGAAACCAAGAAGCACUGAACAACUGCUUCGUCUCGAAAUAUUACUUAACGUUGGACAUCCAUGAUAUAAACUACAAACUGUACAAUCUAAUCUCAAUAUGCUAAUCUGUUAAAAUUUAUGUAGUACACUGCAUGUAAAUGUUCCCUAGUUGUCACAACGUAAUCAGAAUAUGCCUAUGAAGUGCCACACAGUGAUUCAGUGAAGCUCCCCAGAUUGAUGUAUGUUACUGAUUUUAACAAGUACAGUUAUGCUGAUAUUGACAGUUAUUGAUAAAUGCCCUCUCCUCCAAGUAGGGAUAAAUAUUCACAAUAAACAGUUGACAACAAUCGAACGAUAGUGCCACGCUGGUCCGAUCAGGUAGGUGGAACAACGUUCAGUCUAGUGAUCUAUACACUGACUCCACUAUCUGACUUCUGCCUAUCUGAAAUAGAAGCCAUAAUCUUUAGAUGUUUAUGUUGACAACACUACAAUAUUCACCUAUCCUACAUGUUGAUCUGUUUUGCUUCUUCGUCUUCCAGGAUUUUCAUUGGAUCAAAGUAACCGUCCAGUCAAAAUUCAAAGCAUGUCAACUUUAAGCCAACAACGUAAACUAGUUGAACAACUACGUCAAGAAGCAAAUUUAAAUCGUCGUCCUGUUUCUGAAUGUGUGCAAGAAAUGAUUGUGUAUAUGGAGCAGAAUCGAGACAAAGAUUGUCUAGUUUCAGGAUUUGCGAGUAAGAAAGAUAAUCCAUUCCAAGAAAAAGGUGGAUGCGUUGUGAUUUAGGCAAUUUUAUAAACGGAUGAUAAAACAAACAACUUAGACUCAAUAUUCAAUUAUUCCUAUGCUCCUUACUUCUCUGCUUAUCUAACGAACAUUUCUAUUUCCUGAAGAAAGUAGGGAAACUAGUUCAAUUAAUUUUACUUGAUUUUUAAACUUUGUUGUUUUAUUCUUAUUGCUUCAUUUGAUUUUUGUGUACAUGGACAAGCGUUUAUAAGUAAAUUUGUUUAAUUAUGCUUUUAUGUGAAUAAUGGGGGUACUCUUAUUUCAUCUAUCCAUUUCGUAAUAUCUUUUGUAAUAUCUCUGUUGUUGCUAUCUAUGAUUGUAGACACUUUGAUCCAAAUAACAAUGAACUUUAGAUAACAAACGGAUACUU